CCCUUUCCUGUCAUGAAGGCAUCGCUUACCGAUCACAUGCCAGUCACGACUUUAGCGGCUCGUCACCUUUCGUUGGCGUGUUGAGAGGUAGGAAGAGCGAGCGAAGCAGCCUAGUGGCGUAAGCGUUCUCGGACCUUUCGGCAGGGACCAUCAUUGAAGCCCUUUAAUUAUCUGCGGGUGGUGGCUAAUAACCAUCGACAAGGUGUGCUGGAGGAUGUGCUCGAAAGCACAUGCCGUCCCUCGUAGCUCGUUUCCGCGUCCACAUUAACUCAAGGGCGUAUACAACUACUACCUCCAGCCAGGGAAUGUGGAGACAGGGAUACUGGAGCGGGACGGCGCGGUGGACGAGGCGAUUUUCAGGGACUGUGAGGGUGAGGAGGGCGGUGGAGAGGGUAAAUCGCGCACGCGCACCCAAGAUACCGGCCCAGCUGGUUGCCGAGGCAUGCGUGCUGCUUGUUGUGCACCCUGAUUCGCGCUUGCUGAGUGGACGAUAUGUAGAUCUGGAGGAGGAUGUCGAUAGUAUACUGGAUAAUUUGUGGAAGGGCGCCAAUGGAGAUUGUGUUAAGACUAACCUUGAGUCGCUUCCGUAGG